AUGAGUGCAUUGGAUAGUCCUGGAAUCUGGCACCAAACUAGGAAGCCGGCCUUGCAAUCGGCUUCCCUGGAGUACUACGACCUUGGUACAUUCCAUCGCACAGUCAGCACUACCAGCAAAGAUGCACAGGCCUGGUUCGAUCGUGGCCUUAUCUGGGCAUAUGCCUUUAACCACCAGGAGUCGGUGCGCUGCUUCGAGCAAGCGGUGAUGGCUGAUCCCACGUGUUCCAUGGCCUACUGGGGUAUCGCCCUUUCUCUGGGUCCCAAUUAUAACAAACCGUGGAAACUCUUCGACGGAGAAGAUCUCUCAACAACCACGACCCGCGCCCACAGUGCGGUACUGUUAGCGAAGAAACAUGCUGUCAGGGCAACUCCCGUGGAGCAGGCUCUCGUUGAUGCACUUCAACACCGUUAUCCGCAGAAUGAGCCUGUCGACGAUUGUACAGAGUGGAAUCACUCAUACGCUCAGGCCAUGGAAUCUGUGUAUCGGGUCUUCCCAAAUGACCUUGACGUCGUCGCUCUCUAUGCCGAUGCACUGAUGAACUUGACCCCUUGGAGUCUAUGGGAUCUCAAAACCGGCCAACCUACCUCCGGCGCCCGAACCCUCGAUGUGAAGAAAGCGCUCGACCGCGCCCUGGUUCUGGAAAACGGACUCCAACACCCAGGUCUGUUGCACUUAUACAUCCAUCUCAUGGAAAUGUCCGCCACCCCGGAAAACGCACUCCCAGUAGCGGAUCACCUCCGAGGCCUAGUCCCAGACGCAGGCCACCUAGAGCACAUGCCAACCCAUCUAGACAUUCUAUGCGGCGACUACCGCCGCGCAAUAGCAUCCAACACCUCUGCCAUCCGUGCAGACGAGAAGUUCCUCAAAAGGCAAGAGUUGGGUCAUUUUUACAAUCUCUAUCGCUCGCACGACUACCAUUUCCGGAUGUACGCUGCUAUGCUAGGCGGCCAGUCGAAGAUUGCUAUUGAUACUGCUACUCAACUGGCAGAAUCUAUUACAGAAGACCUUCUCCGUGUGGAGUCUCCUCCUUUGGCUGAUUGGCUUGAGGGGUUCAUUGCGACGCGCGUGCAUGCUCUUGUUCGCUUUGGUCGCUGGGACGAUAUUAUUGCGCUUGAAUUUCCUACGGACCGUAGUCUCUAUUGUACUACCACGGCCAUGACUCACUAUGCGAAAGGCGUAGCUUACGCUGCUAUCGGUCGUGUUGAUGAAGCAAAGACGGAACAAAUCAACUUCCAGGCGGCUGUGAAGCUAGUACCCUCUUCUCGAACUAUCUUCAACAACACCUGCGUCGAUAUCCUCGGCGUUGGAGGGGCGAUGCUUGACGGCGAAAUCGCGUAUCGUAGUGGAGACUAUAACUAUGCAUUUUCUCGUCUACGAGAUGCAGUGGAUCGGGAUGAUAAUUUGCCCUACGAUGAGCCGUGGGGUUGGAUGCAGCCUGCUCGACAUGCUCUGGGUGCGCUCUUGCUGGAACAAGGACGUGUCGAGGAGGCGAUGGGGAUCUAUGCUGCUGAUCUGGGUAUCGAUGAGUCCUUGCCUCGUGCGCUGAGACAUGUCAAUAAUGUUUGGUCUUUGCAUGGUUAUCACGAAUGUCUUUUGAAAGCAGGUAGGGCUGCUGAAGCGCGCGUUUUAGCGCCCCAGUUAAGGCUUGCUUUGGCUAUGGCGGAUGUGCCUAUUAGGUCGUCUUGCUUCUGUCGCAUUGAGACUGAAAGUUAG